AAACUACAAAAAGAUUGUUUUUAAAGACAAUCUUUUGCUUCUAGCAAACCAGAGAAGUCUUGGAUUCAAAACUAUCUGAAUUUCAUGCAUUUGAAUGUCAAUAUAGCUUUUAUUUAAAAUCUUACUAUUUUCAUUUGUAAAAAAAAUAAAUCCUUAUACAGGGUUUUUGAAACGAUUAAAUAACAAAAAUAUAAUCAUUCAUGAGAUGCUUUCAAAGUAAAGGUCCAAAGUUCAAAAUUCAUAUCUAACAUCUGGCCACGAGGAAAUAUUUUCCAUUAUAAACGGUUGAAACAAGUUGUUAAAUUUGCAAUUGCACAUCCGUUUCAAAUUAUAGAUAUUUGAUUGUUUACAAAUGACAAUAACUAAAUGGAAUACAUAUUCUUAUUUUUAGUAACACUGGGUGUCUAUUCUAUUUCAAUUAUAUCAACUGCAGAAUCAGGCAUUUGUAUUUCAAAAGGAGUUAUUUAUUGUUGUCAGGACUUCAAAAAUAUUUCAGGAGAGUGUAGAGCAUGCAUCGGUACAUUUGGACAGAAUUGCUCAAAUCCAUGUAUGUACGGGUACUAUGGACACGGAUGUCGCAAGCGUUGUAAUUGCAGUCAAAAGCAGUUUUGUGACAGAGAAAAGGGAUGUUUGUUUGCAAAUGAUACAUAUCUUUCCAUAGACCAAGGUAAAGAACCAGAUACAAAAGCUACUUUGCAAUCCAUCACACUUGCCACAUGCGGUGUUUUAAUCUUUAUCGUUUCUGGGAUAGUAUUCUACCUUCACAGGAAAUUUAGAAAGAAUGGAUCGGAUACUGGUACUGAUGCUACGAAAAUUUCAUCUUCUUCAGGGGAUGCGUGUUUAGUACCAGGAGAAUACUUAUACAGUGAUGUAAGAGAAUCACAAAUGAUUCAAAACACAGAUUUUGUUUCAUAUGAAAAAUGCAAAAAGCAUGAAGAGAAUGGGUCCAAGAUGAGAAAAAUGUGCAAGAGCUUACCGUGGCAUGAAGAAGAAAGGCAAGAAUCGAUUAAUAAAUAUAGUACUCUAGAUCAGACAUAUGAUGGAGGACUUGGUAGAAGCAGUGAUGUGACUUACAUGGGACAUUGUAGAAGAAGUGAUACAUACAACUGUUUGCAACUGAACAAUAUGUCUACAUGUACAUUACCUGCUAGGGCUUGUGUUGAUGUUAAUAUGAAUGAUUAUGCUUUGAUGAAAUCAAAUAUUACAAAAUCAAUGAAAAACAUAAAUUAUGCAAAGGAAAACUUUUCUAAAAGGGAUAAAUAUGGUGACCAAACACAUAAAGAGAAUGGCUGUAUGACUCAAUCUGAAGUGGACCAAUCAAGGCUUUUCCGGCCUUACAGCACUGUUAAGUACCUCCGUCAAGUAGAGCAGGAAGAUAAUGUAAACGGUUAUUAAGGAAUAAAGAAGUAAAAUGGAACAAAGUCCUGCAAACAUUUGAAAAAAUCAUGCACUAUAUACAAAAUGUUUAGAUGUUUGAUAAUUCAACCGUAUCUAACAAGUAUUGUUUGUGCUAAGGACCAGAUUCAAGUUCAUUAGUGUCGAACAUUGAUGUUCACAAUUCUGCGAAUGACAUUGUAUCUAAAGA